UUAAAAAUAUCUGGUACAUAGUAAAAGAUGUUGCAAUUAAAACAUUGUCAUAACUAAUAAGAAUACAUUCAUAAAAUAUAAAAAAAAUAAUAUGGAAAAUAAAGAAAACAAACAGCAUUCGAAAGUUUUUUCGAAUCUGCGAAAUCCUGUGGCAGUUACAAAAAAAAAAUCACGACCCUUGGAUGAGGCACUCGAAAAGCUAUGUAAGGAAGAUACAUUGCAAGUAUCCCCUUCAACGUUAUCCGUUGCCCACUCAUCAUAUAUUGGAAACAAACUACGUCGAAGUAGCAUUAAAGAGAAAAAAAGAGAACGCUGGCUCCUAACGAGAAAAACAUGGCGUUAUAUGGCAGAUGCCGGUCGUAAGCUCAUACCAGAAGGUAAUCCCGAUAACAUAGCCCAAAUAGAGGCACAAUUUCAACGUGUAUGUGCUUCGGAACCAAGAUUUGUACUUUGGCGGCGAAAAGCCUCAUAUCCGGGUGCCACUCUCAGCUCCAAACGGCGUUCAAAAUUAUUAUCGCGUCAUUCUAGUCAUCAAAGGUAUAUCAAUAAUCAAGAUCGUAUUAUUGAACUAUUGCAAACCUAUCUUAAAUUACGUGAUGCAUAUAAUAAAACAACAACGUUACUCGGUACUAAAACGACACGACCUGAUCAAACAUCGUCUCCUUCUUCGCAGAGACCAGAAAUGUCAACUCUCAAGAAUGAACCAGCAUGUUUGGGCUUGCACACGGAACUCCUCGACCGCCUAAAACUUUUAUCGGAAAGCAUUUUAGUGGGACAAGAAGAGUCCUUACAUUUGGACCUUGGUGAUAUAUCACCUAAAAUUCUAGAAGAUAAAACUUUUCUAAAGAAAGUCUAUAGUACAUUAAAGAAGAAUCAGCUACAUCGGGCUUUACAUUCCAUGGAACCAUCAAAGUCAAUCAAUCAUCAAAAAUAUAAUAAAAGAAGUUACAGCGCUUCAUCACUUUCUGGAAAUUCCAAUUUCGGAAGUUUGGAUAACGCUAUGAAAGCUUAUAAUCAAAGCGCUCAGAAGAAUGCCAAAAAUCUAGAAGAACAUAAUAUUAGGAAUAAUAUAGUAAUAUCUCAGAGAAAUCACAAUCCCAUAAAUCUAGAACAACGUGAUAUUAGUAAGAAGGCAUCCAAUGCACCUAAGCGCGAUUUGAAUUAUUUGGAUCUUAACAAUAGCCUAACAUUUUCGCAAAAAAUAGAAAGAGUGGCAACCGCUUCUUCGGGAACUCAAACUAAUUUUAUUCAGUUAAGUGAACUAAAAUGCUUGGCGAAUGAAUACAAGUCAAUUUUUCUGCAGAACUCCUCAGAGGAGAAGGACACACAUAAUUGCCGUAAAAGUUCCAUUGACAACGAAGAUAUAUCACAAUCCGUGAGCAAUACAAUUAAACGUUAUCUAAAAAUGGCCAGAAAGAAAAGUGUUCACGAUAUAGAUGCAGCAAAUAAAUUUCGAUCAAUUAAUUAUGAUACAACUUUGAGAAAUAUCAAGUCCAAAGGUGAAAUAAAUCCUCCGGGAAUGAAUGAUGGCUUAAAUAAAGCUACUCAGACCUUAGAUGCUUGGCCGCUAAUUGCAUUGGACUUUAUACGGGGCAACGAUAGUACCAUAAAUCUACAAAAUGCCCAUACCGAAUGGAGGAAGUCUGAGGAUGAGAGAAGAGAAAAGGCGUUGGAAUGGAGGCGUCAAAUUUUAAAUGGAUCGGUGCUAGACAGUACCUCUGCCCCCACUUCCCCAUCCAGCCCAUCGGAACAUUUUCAAGAUAAAUCGUUGAGACCUUCUUCAAGCGGCUUGCUGUCUUCGAGCUCUCACUUUCUUUCAAAUAUUUGGCAUGGACAUGGGCACUACAAUUCUACAGGGGCUUCUAUAAAUACAUUAAAAGAAAAAAUUCCGAAUAUAUAUCAACGAAAUGUAUUAACACCAAAUAUGCAAAAAUCGAAGUCAUUGUCGAAUGUUGGACAAUUUGUAACUACAAAAAUAUUGCGUAGCCGUUCAAAAAGCCAAAAUACACACAAUGUGCAGGAAGACCUUAUUCGCACUCCUUCCUUAAAAUGGCAUCCUGCGGAGAAUUUACUAUGGGUUGCCGAUAAUGGCGAAAGGUUUCACGUUGAAGAUGUGAUAUUAACAAAGUUAUCCAAAUUUGAAACGGAUUUCCUAAACGAUAUUAUUUUAGAAAAGAUUAAGGAAUUAAAUAUUGGAAAUGUUGCGGAGUUAAAAAGAAUUUCGGAGAAGAGGCGAAUCGCACCGAAGAAAAAAUCGAUUACCACCAGCUUUUUCGAUAUUGGCAAAAAAGAUGUUCAGAACGGACGAGAGAUGGAAUUGUUUGGAGUACCAUUGGAAUUGUGCUUGGCAAGAGACACUAAACGUAAUGUUUACUUGGAAAAUGGGAAUAGUUCAAAGUGUUCCUUAAUGUCAAUGUUUCGUGGAAGUCGUAGUAAUCCCGGAAGUGUUAUUAAGCUCAGCGAUAAUGUGCGAUCUUGUGAGAGUUUACCAACCAAGUCUUUGGAAAAUGGGCCUAUGGAAAACUGCGAGCGAUUUAGCGACCCUCUAAAAACAGAUCAAUCACAACAUAACUACAAUAGACCCCAUCAAGAUCUUAUGGUGCCUCUAUUUGUUUAUAGCUGUAUUGAGCAUUUAGAGGAAAAUGGAUUGCAAAAGGUCGGACUUUUUCGUGUAAGCUCAUCCAAAAAGCGUAUCAAGCAGUUGCGAGAAGAAUUUGAUAGCGGUAUUGGAGAUUUCAAAAUUCCUGUCAAUACAUGUCCACACGACGUUGCCACUUUACUUAAAGAAUUUCUACGAGACCUUCCCGAACCUCUUCUGUGUACUGCGUUAUAUUCUACCUUUAUAGAAACUCAACGUAUACGAAAUCGGAGAUUGCAACUAGAAGCUAUAUCACACUUAAUAAGACUACUUCCGAUUCCACAUAGAGACACGCUGUAUGUCCUACUUGUAUUUCUUGCAAAAGUGGCAGCACACAGCGACGAUAUAUGCGAUGUUGAUGGAAAUUGUUUAAUAAGUGGCAAUAAAAUGGAUAGCAGUAAUCUGGCAACGGUCUUUGCUCCGAAUAUUCUUCGCCAUACAACGUUGUCCUUGGAUAAAAAAAGAGAACAGCAGCAGAUGAGCGAUGCAAUUAAUGUAGUCAGGACCAUGAUUGAUCAUUAUGAAGAAAUGUUUAAAGUACCAGCAGAACUUCUAGACGUCCUUUAUGCUCAAAUGUUAGAUGUAUGUCCUGAUAAGUUGAAUGAACUAAUUUCCACAAAAGCACAGCUAUUGCAAUGGGAUCUACAUCACCAUUUAGACGAUUUCCAAAAUUUCAGUGAAGCUGCAAGUUUAUCAGACGAUGUCUUUGAAAAUACUUCCAAAGAAUGUGAUCGCGAUCAAAGUUAUAACAACAAAACACAGAAAAAUAAAAAUACCAAUCAGGAAGAAUUAUGUGCCAACAGACAUUGUCAAGGAGAUAAUGAUAAAGUUUUCACAGUUAGCUUGAAAAUAUCUUUGCCGGAAAAAGCACAAUCCUUUGGAAAUAGGGAUAAUAAUACAUACCCCGGAAAAGAUGACGACAAUUCUGAGCCAUCAAUUUCCAGUAACUUGGUGUUAGAAAAAAGGAAAAGAAAGCUACAUAAGCGGCAACAUUUAAUACCUAGCUCCAUUCGGUUAAAUAAUUAAAAAAUAUUUUAUUCUUGAACCCAAUAAAUAUUUUACACAAAAUAUGUAAUGCCAUACUAACGAUAAAACUACCAUUUAAGAAGUAUUAUGUGCAGCUAAGUUAUAUACAUUUGAUAAAUAUAUUUUAUUUAAAAAAUGUUUACAAUAUUAUCCUAUAAAACCAUUUUUGGAUGAGAGAAUUUUGAGAUACACAUGUCCAACAAGUUAGCAGGGCAAUUUGCAAAUAUUAUUUAGGAUUCGCUUUCUACGCUGCUGGAAAACGCUUGGCAAUAA